UCUCAGGACGGGGUGCCUCCCAUUGCCACCCAGAUCCUUGAGGUCCCUCACACCCCCUGACUCCAGGGGGAUCCUUCUUGAUUUCCACACCCAAGGCUCGCUACUGCCGUCCCCAAGCCCCCUUUCGGCUCUGUUUGGGCAGCGCCCCAGGGCGCUGGCGUCGGGCCCCGCCCUCGCCGGUUCUAAUGGGUGGGGCGGGCAGGGUAUAAAGCAGCAGGUGCUCGGCGCACGGCUCCGGAGACUCCUCAGUGGUUGAAAUCCGUGCAGAUUCCGCCAGUCCCUUGACUGUCGUCCCAGCCAAUCAGCGCCCAGUCAGUCAGCAGCCCAGCCAAUCAGCACCUGGGGUCGCGCCUCUGCCUAGCGCCGCGGGAGCCAUGCUUGCCAAGAAAGCUCUGAUUGUGCUGGCACACCCAGAGAGGACGUCCUUCAACUACGCCAUGAAGGAGGCUGCUGUAAGUGUCCUAAAGAAGCAAGGAUGGGAGGUGGCCGAGUCCGACCUCUACGCCAUGAACUUCAAUGCUAUUAUUUCCAGAAAAGACAUCACAGGUCAGCUGAAGGACCCUGAGAGAUUUCAGUAUUCUGCUGAGACUUCUCUAGCUUAUAAGGAAGGCCGCCUGAGCCCUGAUAUUGUGGCUGAACAAAAGAAGCUGGAAGCUGCAGACCUUGUGAUAUUUCAGUUCCCACUGCAAUGGUUCGGAGUCCCUGCCAUUCUGAAGGGCUGGUUUGAACGAGUGUACGGGGAGUUUGCUUACACCUACGCUACCAUGUAUGACAACGGCCCUUUCCGGAACAAGAAGGCCAUGCUUUCCAUCACCACUGGCAGCAGCAGCUCCAUGUACUCUGUCCAGGGUGUCCAUGGGGACAUGAACAUUAAUCUCUGGCCAAUUCAGAGUGGCACUCUGCAUUUCUGUGGCUUCCAGGUCUUAGAGCCUCAGCUGACCUAUGGCAUUGGGCAUCUCCCAGUGGAUGCCCGCAUUCAGAUUCUGGAAGGGUGGAAGAGACGCCUGGAGAAUAUCUGGGAUGAGACUCCACUGUAUUUUGCUCCAAGCAGCCUCUUUAACCUAGACUUCCAUGCAGGAUUCUUAAUGAAAAAAGAAAUACAGGAGGAGGAGGAAAAAAAGAAAAUUGGGCUUUCUGUAGGCCAUCACUUGGGCAAGUCCAUUCCAGUUGACAACCAGAUCAAAGCCAGAAAAUAAGACUCAUAUGACUUAUUUUUUUUCUAACAUGUAGUCAAAUCUAAGUAUCUUUUUUCAACUUCCAUGACUUCCUUUAGUGUUCAAAAUUUGGGCUUCUCUUUUUGUCCAUAAGGAAUGAAUAGGAAGGGGAGCAGGCUAUAUUCAUAACAUUUUAUAUAGUUUUAUUACUAAGUGUAGGUGAUUCUUAGGAUUGUUAUUGCUAGGCAUCAGAGGCCAGUUGGCAUGGAAAGCAGGGAGAGGUGGAGAAAAAUGAUAGAAAACAAUAUUCUUUAUGGUCAGCUAUACAAUUUAAUUCUUUUUAGGGCUAACUCUGGCUAGACAGCAUCUAGCUCCCCAACAGUUUAUUUUAAUUUCCUCUUUGUGGUUUAUGACAGAAGGGAAUUGUUUAGAGAAAAUAAUGACUGAAUUUAUGUAGCCUAAGGGACUUAACUUGUUUAGUAGUUAGCAAUCUAAUUCUUGGUUAUGGUAUAUAUUGGCUUCAAUUACUACACAAUUGACUAAUAUCCCUCACAUGAGUAUUCUCUUCCUUCAACUCUCUUUGCAUGCUGUACACACAUAUACUGUGAAAUGAACAGAUAAUAAGAGUCUCUUCUUACCUCAGUCUUCUAAUUUAAUGUUUGCAGAAAAAACUCAACACACCUACACUCUGUAUCUGCUAUACCAAGUGAGUUCAAGAAAGGAAAUCGUACCUUCAAUACUUCAAAACGGUAGCUAAAAAAAAACAAAAACAAAAACAGUAGCUUUCCACAAAGAAUAUAUCUGAUCUAUACAAAUUUCUGGAAGGUUGUUUCUGUAACAUUGCUAAACUGAUGACUUACUUUUUUGAUGGGGCUGGGUUUGAACUCAGGGCUUCCUACUUGCAAAGCAGGCCCUCUACUGCUUGAGCCACACCUCCAGACCAUUUUGCUUUGGUUAUUUUGGAGAUGGGGGGGAGGGGGUUCUCACCAACUAUUUGCCUGUGCUCUCCUGGAACUGAGCUCCUUCUGAUUUCAGCCCCUCAAGUAGGUAGGACUACAGGUGUGAGCCACUGGCACCUGGCUUAAUGAACAAUUUUGGCAUAGUUUUUUGUUUGUUUGUGUUUUGGUGUUGGAGCUCAAACUCAGGGUCUUGAGAUGCUAGGCCCUCUUGGAUGGUACCUAAGCCCUCUACCACUGAGCUGCAUCCCAGCCUAAUUUUGGCGUAAUAUCCUAAUUUCCAGUUUAAUUAUUAUUUUUGGCAGUACUGGGGUUUGAACUCAGGGUCUUGCGCUCGAUGGACACUUCCAGCCCUUGAAUGUAAAUUAUUGAACUGCAUCUCUUUUCCGCUGUUGCUAUAAUUCAAGAAGAAGAUGAUGAAAGACUGCCCUCUUGUGUAUUACAAGAAAAUAGCAGGAGGGAUGCCAAGCCUAGUGGCCUGAAAACGGGAAACCUGCCAAGGAAUGAUGGCACAGGUUGGGCGGGACUUUUUUGUACACCAGAUGCCAACUAGUACUGGAUGUUUUCCCCCUCAAUAGUAUCCUUAAUAGCAGACGGCUAGAUAUUUCAGUCUGAAAACGUUUUGUGUUGCCUUCAUCUUAACUUUUGUGUAAAUUUUAAAAGUUCUAAAUUAAAGAAGUAAAAUUCAGUUUUGCAAAACAAAUCCAUCCUUACUGGUAUCAGUGAAGCGAAUGAUAGACACAUUCAGGCAAGAGUGGAAUCUACUGGAAGACAGGAUCGGAGGAUUCAGUAACAAAUUAUGGUCAUAACUUGCCCAGCAGGGCUGUUUCACACUGAAUGGUCAUGGAAGAAUGUAUCAGAUCCUCUCAGGGUAUUUCAAAGAAGUUUAAAAGAGCUUCAGGAAAGAGAAUGGUGCAUAAAUCAAGAAAGAGAAAUGCUGUAAAUGAAUGCUUUGGGGAAAUAUUUACUCUGACUUAAUCAAUAGGCCUGCACUCUUAAGCACUAGGAACUCAACAGUGUACUCACUCUUGUGAAGAAUGGUAGUUAAGUGAACAAACAAAUCAGUUGGUUAAAAAUCCUAGAAAGAAGAGGGAGUUUUGUUUUAUAACGGAUGAUCAAGAAGGACCUCCCAAGACCACAGUUAAUAAAGAUCUGACAAAGUGAUAAUGAGAAAUGAGCACUCCAGGCAGGAGGUAUGUUCAGUGCAAUCCCAGAAGUAGGAUUGACAGGUGGUAUACUAGCUGGGAUCAGAGCACUGGGGCCUUACAAGCAUUGUAAGAAUUAAGGCUAGGAAGCCCCUGGAGGGUUCUUGUUUUGUUUUGUUUGAGACAGGACCUGGCUAUGGAAACCAGGUUGGUCUUGAAUUUGUGACCCUCCUCUUGCCUUAGACUCCUAAGUGCUGGGAGCAUAGAUGUGUGCCACCAUGCCUGGUUCCCCUGGAGGGUUUUGAGCAGAGAUGUGCUAAGACUUAUAUUGAAAAGAGUAAUUCUGGUUGGUAAGUGAGGGAUCAGGCAUAAGGGUCAAGCAUGGAAGCAGGGAGACAGUCUGCCAAUGCUUUGGAAAAGGGUGAAUAGCUAAGAUGUGUUGAGCAGUAGAUAGAUUCUGGGUAUAGUUCAAAGGUUGGGGUAACAGGAUUUGAUGGUGGAUUGUCUAGGUCAAGUUAAAAAAAAAAAAACCUCAAAAGGUAUUUUGGCUGUGACAA